CAUGUUAGAUCUGCUCUUUAGUCCCCCCUUCGCCGAGGGAAGGGUCUCGCUUCUCUUGUCGCGCGUGUUGUCGGCGAACAAAAGACUUGCAAGCAAGAGUUUCUGCUCAGCGGAAGGCACACCUUUGAAGGAUGUAGCCGGAACCCUCAACCAACAUAUGCCGUGUUGUAAACCUCGCGAUCGGGGAAAUGUGCAACGCGGGCUGAGGAAGAAAUAACCGGGGUCCGUUAACGCCACACUGACAGCUUGAUAUAAAGAGAGGCAUGCUGAACCGGAAGGAUUAUUCAUGUUUGACCUAAUGUUCACAGUCACCGAGUUUGCCUCCUUGAAUGACGUCCAUCCAACGUACCGCAUCUUAAAGCCAUGGUGGGAUGUCUUCAUGGACUACCUGAGCCUGGUCAUGCUGAUGUUGGCCCUGUUCGCCAUGACCAUGCAGAUCACAAAGGACCAGGUAGCUUGCCUUCCUUUCAUGGAGGAAUCGGAGGAGAACUCUGGAAAUUACUCCUACCCCGCACAUACUGCGCAGGAGGUAGCAACUGCAACGGCGAGGGGUGGAGAGAAUUGCAUUAAUCAGCAUCAAGCACCGGGAAUCAAGACCAAUUUGGACUUUCAGCAGUAUGUGUUUAUCAACCAAAUGUGUUAUCACCUUGUCUUGCCCUGGUAUUCCAAAUUCUUCCCCUACCUCAUCCUGAUCAACACUGUUAUCCUGAUGGUAAGCAGCAAUUUCUGGUUCAAGUUUCCCAAGACCAGCUCUAAAAUAGAACACUUUGUUUCGAUUCUAUGCCGCUGUUUUGAGUCUCCUUGGACUACUAAAGCGGUGUCUGAAACGGCCUGCGAAGACUCUGAGGAGAACAAGCAGAGGUUGAGCGGCACCUCUUUUGCACUUAAGAAGGCGUCUUUAGAGAGAAAGGAGGAAGGUUCCAGUUCCACCUUGACCUCCCCUAUGCUCGACGGUGUGGUCUCUGCAGAUAUGCCCAUUGCCGAAGCCCCGACGGCCAGUAUGCCCAUAUUGGAUAAAAAGGACGGGGAGCAGGCCAAAGCCCUGUUUGAGAAAGUGCGGAAGUUCCGAGCUCACGUGGAGGACAAUGAUUUCAUCUACAGGUUUUACGCCGCUCAGACCAUUUUCAAAACGGCCACAUUUAUUUCAAUGCUCUCCUACACCUCAAGCUUUUUGGUUAAAAUUAAUUUUAUACACAUCUGUGAGACCGAUGUCAAAGCGUUGGUAGGGUAUGGGAAGUUCUUUUGUACGCAUAACAUGGCUUUCUUAUUGGACAAGGUGCUUAUUUGCUACAUAGCUCUGAUGAUAAUGUAUGGGAUGGUGUGUCUUUACUCCCUCUUUUGGGUGUUUCGAGGACCUUUGAAGGAGUACUCUUUUGAGAAAGUCAGAGAAGAGAGCAGCUUUAGUGACAUUCCAGAUGUUAAAAAUGACUUUGCAUUCCUCUUACACAUGGUUGACCAAUACGACCAACUAUAUUCCAAGCGCUUUGGGGUAUUCCUGUCUGAGGUGAGCGAGAACAAGCUGCGGGAGAUUAGCCUCAAUCACGAGUGGAACUUCAAAAAAGCGAGGAAGUGUGUGACGCGUAAUGCACAAGACCAGCAGGAGCUGCACCUUAAGAAUCUCUUUGGUCUCCCAAACGUGGUCUUCGACCUCACCGACCUGGAGGUCCUCAAGCUCGAGAAAAUUCCCGAGGUCAGAUUUACUGCUAAUGUCUCUCAGAUGACCAGUCUGAGGGAGCUGCACCUCUACGAGUGUCCUGCCAAAGUGGAGCAAACGGGUUUUGCCUUUCUCCGCGACCAUCUCCACAGCCUUCACAUCAGUUUCACUGACGUUACUGAGAUCCCGACGUGGGUUUUCUUGCUGAGGAAUUUGCGAGAGCUUUUUAUCAUCGGGAAUCUGAGCUCCGAAAAUAACAGGAUGGUCGGUUUGGAAUCCAUGAGAGACUUGCGGCAUUUAAAGACAUUACACCUGAAGAGCAACCUCCCAAAAUUGCCCACCAACAUCACAGACGUGUCCCACCACUUGGUGAGAUUAGUGGUGCACAACGACGGCACAAAGCUAUUUGGGCUGAAUACUCUGAAAAAAAUGACCAACCUCAUUGUCCUGGAAUUGCACAGUUGUGAGCUGGAAAAGAUUCCUCAUGCUAUUUUUAGCUUGCUCAACCUGCAGGAGCUUGAUCUGAAGUCCAACAACAUCCGGACCAUAGAGGAGAUUGUCAGCCUCCAGCACCUUAAGAGGCUGACGUGUCUCAAAUUGUGGCACAACCAAAUCACAGCAAUCCCCUCCUCCAUUGUCCAAGGCAAGUCAUUGGAGGCUCUGCACCUCUCACACAAUAAACUGGUCUCCCUGCCCCCGGCAUUAUUCAGACUACCUAAACUUCAAUACUUGGAUGUGGCCCACAACUUAAUCCAGGUGCUCCCACCGGAUGUGGGUCUCCUGUUAGACCUGCUGCACCUAGACGUUACUUCCAAUAAGCUGGAAACAUUGCCCAAGAAUCUGUUCAAGUGCACCAAGCUGAGGGUUCUGUGCUUGGGUCACAACGAUCUUAGGGAGCUGUCGCAGGCUGUGGGCGAUCUGGUUCAGCUCAAUCAUCUGGAGUUGAAGGGCAACAAUUUGGAAAGGCUGCCUGCACAGCUUGGCAACUGCCGCCGGUUGCUCAAGAAUGACUUCCUAGUGGAGGAUCACCUCUACAUGACGCUGCCUGUGGAAGUCAGGGAAAGUAUUAGCCGAGACAGCACCAUGGCCAGUACGAGUGUCUUAUAGCAGGGGUUCUCAAACAUUUUGGGUCCGGGGAGAAAUCUUUCCAAUGCCUUGAUAAUCCUUGCGCCAAUUAAAAAUAUCCACGUUGAAUAUGGUGAACGCCCAAUAUAUGAUUCUGAAAAUUUGGGACCAAUUGAAUCUUGGUACCAAAAUGGUGGCAUCGCAAUUUAUUUGUACGAGGCAAGACUACGGCCAAGCUUAAUGAAGCUCUUUCCCAUCACAUUAACAGAGUCCCUUGUUCCAAGAUGUUACAAGAUGGCACCAUAGCAAUAUUUUUCACAUUAAACAUUCCUUUGCAGGAUAGGUUCCCCCAAAACAUCUGCAAUGCCGAACAAUAAAUAUGGGAGGGCUUCACGUUAUCCCUAAAUGAGACUGGAAAUAAAAAGUUGCCUUUUUUGGACAAAAUCCAGUCCCCUACAAAAGUGUUAGAACAGCAAGGUCAAUUCCUUUGUUUUGGUUCUAUACUGAAGACAUUUGGGUUUCAGAUCAGAAGAUUAAGAUUAGACAAAUGUUAAGAAUUUCAUCGUUUAUUUUGUUAACACAGAGCACCACCUACUUUUAAAGGGCACAAAAGAAUUGGAACAGACAUGAUUAACAUCAGGAAUAACACUUAAUAUAAGAUGGCAUAACCCUUAUUUGCCAUAACUGCAUCAAGCCUGUUACCCAUCCUUUGAACUGCUUUUUUUCAACUGUAAUCUCUUUCAGUAGUUUCUCGUGUUUUCUCCCUUCAGUCUCCCCUUCAGGUGGUACAAUUCAUGCUCUAUUGGGUUUAGGUCUGCUGAUUGACUUGGCCAGUCCAAGACCUUCCACUUUUUCUCCCCAAUGAAGUCCUUUGUGGUGUUGGUACUGUGUUUUAGGUCAUUGUCUUUCUGCGUGAUGAAACUUCUGACUAAUUUGAAUGUGUGUUAUGUAAAUUGCCAGACAAAAUGGUUUUGUAGAAUUCAGAAUUCAUUCUCUUGCUACCUUCAUGAGUUACAUCAUUAUUAAAGACAUGUGAGCCCGUUCGAGAAGCAGCCAUUUAAGUUCAAGCCACGACAUUACGUCCACAGAUGAGGUUUUGUGUUUUGGAUCAUAACCAUAUCCUUUCUUUCUCCAUACUUUGGUCUGUCCAGCACUUUGUUAGAGGUUCGUUUUUGGUCUCAUCAGGCCAUGUCCAAAACUUCCGUGGCUCAUCUCUACUUUUUUUGCAAAAUCCAAUAUGGCCCUGCGAUUCUUUUGGUGAUAAGAGGUUUGCAUCUUGUGGUAUGUGGCCUGUUUUUUUUUCAUCUCCCCAAGAAUUCUUCCAACAGUGGAUUGUGAUACCUUCACCCCUGCCCUGUGGAGGUUGCCAAUGAUGUCACUGACUGCUGUCUUUGGGUGUCUCUUUACAGCUCUCACAAUGUUUCUGUCAUCAACUGCUGUUGAUAGAUACUCUUGGCUGACCCGUUAGUGGCCCGCUACGCCGUACAGCAGUAGUUUCUUGCUUUUUCAGGACAUUCCAAAUUUUUCCAUUGCCUAUGCCCAUGUUUGUGCCAUAGCUCUGAUGAAUUUUGCGUCUUCUCUCAGCUUCAAAAUGGUUUACUCAUCUCCUACAGACGGCUCUCUGGUCUUCAUGUUUGCUUUGUAGCAAAUGCAGUUUUCAAUGAAACCCAAAGAAAAACAAGCACUAUUUAAUGUUUGAGUAAUCAGACUUGGCUUCAUACAAAAAGGUGCUCUGUCCUGAGUUGUUUUACACAUCUAGUUGUAAAAACCAUUAAAUAAAAGUUGGGAUUCUGAACUUUUGCCUUAUAUUCAUUUUAUGAUCUGAAACUCAAAAGUCUUCAAUAUACAACAAAAAUAAAUAAAUUGACCUUGUUGUUCCAAUACUUGUGGAGGAGACUGCAGGUUUUAAUGUUAUGAUAACAAAUUCAUAUUUUUCAGCGAAACAAAAAGUAAUUGUCUUUACAAGUGUAAAGGUGUAUUUUUUUUGUGAUUACAAGUUGAAGGGCUGUGUUCGGUGUGACUACGUAUCCACCAGUGAACCCCCGUAUAUUCGCAGUUUGGCAUUUACGAAUUUACAUAUUCACAAUUUGGUUUCCUGCUUAGGCUAAAACUAUAAAAUUAUUCCUUCAUUGCCAUUGAGGCAUCUUGAUGCUAAACAACUCUUUUGAAAUAAGUUGAGACGCUACACGUUGAUUUAAGUCGUGCUUUGUCACUUGGCAUUUAUACAAGUGUUUUUUUUUUUUUUUUUUUUUUUUUUGUAUUUCAAUUAGGGAAGGUUGACCAGCUGACUUUGAUGCAGUAUGCUACGUUUUAAGUAUGCAACAGUAAUGACGUAACUAAUGGCGCGCACUAGGAGUCUUCCAAAACUUUUUUCUUCAUUUUACUAAUGAGCGACAUAUUGUGUACUUUAUAAAAAUCCAUAAAGAUUGAAUACAGAGUAGGGAUAACAGUGAUUUUGAGCAAAAACGGAAGAAUACAGUUGAGAUUUUACCAAAAAGGAAGGUAUAAUUUAACAAGUGAUUUAAAAAAAAUCCCCUUUUAUUCUAGAAAUGCUGCCUUAACGCUCUAAAAAAAAUAGCACUAUAUUUUUUUGGAGGGGCGGGGGAGAUUUUUCUUGGGCAAAAAAAAUGCAAUCGCUGUUAUAAUACAUCUGCUUAAAGAAAACAUUUUUUGUACAGAUGUCAGAUCAUCUCACCAAUCACAUCAAAGUUUUUAAUUGGCUCAAAAAUCAUACAGGCAGAAGUAAUUUGUUUUGCAUGUUUGUUUUCUUGGCACUCCCUAUAUUUAGGUAUGCACUCAAUAAUAGAAAAUAAUUUAUUACCACCUCACUAAUACAAAAUAAUUUAUUGCCAGACUGAGUUUGAGAACAUUUGACUGAUAGCACCAAACACCAAGGGCUGGACAUUGAAUGCAAUUUCAGAACUUUAAUGGGUUGUCUUAGUUGCUCAAUGUUUGUUAAACAGAAUGAAUGUACCUGUCAUUUAAUUAAACUUUUUAAAAAAAAUAUUUCAAGCAUUUCAUAGUUUGUAACCAUAACGUUAGCUUGAAAGCUUGUUUUUUAUGUGUGUGUACCUGUAUUUUAGUCUCUCAGGAACAAUUAGAACCAUAGAUGAAAAUGUAUUAGGGGGGAUAUUUUUUUUUCUUCACCGAGGGCCAAAAUAACCACUUUGUCUUGUUCAUGAAAAUGUUGUUACGCUCAUUACUUGAAGAGUAUAUUCUUGUCCUUUUUUCAUCUACAUGGUUGAGAAUAUUAGUUGUGUCUGUUCAUCAAUGUCAUAAAGAAAAUAGCUAUUCCAGAAAUGAGUAAAUCACUAGAUAUUAACUUUAAUCACUAUAUUAUUGAUCUUGUUUGCAAUUCACUUGCAUAAAUAAAUCUGGAUGUUCUCUGUUGCCAUUUUAGUACCCUGUCAGGAACUUUCAAUUUUUGUUCUUGUUCUAAAAUGUAAAUAUUCCCGUGUCUUCAGCUUCAAUGAAUUAUUCUACAUUGACGACAAAGCUGUCUGGGUUCAUCCCCCCAUGUAUUUUUGUAAACUAUGUCAAUGUAUUCAUCGUCAAGAGUUGCUGUAUCACCUCAGUGUCCUAUGCUCAAAGUUCCCAUCUUUUAUGACUCAAUAAAACAUUUGUAAGACAUACAUAUGUACACAGGCCAUACAUUAUAUCAUCGUCAUAACGUGAUAAAAAUGAAAAGUUGAACGAUAAAUGUGUCGCA